CCUGCAUUGACAAAGCUUCGCUAUACUUCCCCAAAACCGUCCCGGGCUUGCAUUUCAUUGAUUGCCUCAACGGAAGUAUCAUCCCAGCGCAGGCAAUGGCUGAUCCGAGAUAUGUCACGCUCAGUUAUGUUUGGGGCAACUCCGAGGCAUCCCCUGAUAGCACAGGCCCUAGUGCAACGACUGCUCCCAUAUUGCCCGAAACCAGCAAGUUGCCCAAAGUGGUCAGUGAUGCUAUGAAAGUUGUGCUAGGCCUUGGAUACCGAUACCUCUGGGUGGAUCGGUAUUGUGUACCUCAAAACGACCAUGCAGCGAAGCGCAUUCAGAUUCAUAACAUGGGAAAUGUCUAUGCGAUGUCAGCCUUAACAAUCAUUGCGGCCGCGGGGGAGGAUGCCGACUAUGGUCUCCCUGGAGUUAGCAGUGUCCAAGUCCCUCAACUUUGGGCAUCCGUCUUCAAUGGUCACAAGAAGUUGCCGGUUGUUUAUCACCACCCCCCACAUCGCGAUGUCAUCCGUUCAAAAUGGGCCACACGUGGCUGGACCUAUCAAGAAGGUCUGUUAUCAAAGCGCCGCCUGAUUUUUUCAGACCGCCACGUUUUCUUCCAGUGCCAGCGUAUGCACACAGGUGGCGGCCUUAUUGGACCGCAGAAACUUCGGCUGCCGCUCAAGGAUGGUACAGAAGCAAGUGCCAUGGGAUAUGCCAAAACAGAUGCUAUACUUCCUUACCCCGAAGCAUGGGAACUCGGCGAAAAGUUCUUCUGGGCUAGGGUCACAGACUUCUCAGGAAGGACACUCUCUUAUGAUACGGAUGCAUUGAACGCCAUUGGGGGUAUCCUUACAGCUUUCAUGGAGAAGUCUGAUGUCAAGUCUUUGGAGUGCUUCUCUCCAGUCUCUUCUGGAAAAGCAGAUGGAUAAAAACUCCGAGUCUGCCGUCUCCAGGUCAUAUUACAUCCACCGAAACAUCUGACCUCAGAAGAGCUGUGUUUCCAAGCUGGACAUGGG